CGCUCGUUCCACAUGACUCCGCAGCGCUUUUCUGUCGCAGCAUAAGCUAAGAUUGUUCGCCACCGUCUCUCUCUUUCACCAAGUCCUCCAGCGGAGAGCAGAAGCGACCGCAGCGCGAGGCCGGCCUAGACUCGGGAGCCAGUCGCCAAAAUGGUGAACUUCACGGUAGACCAGAUUCGGGAGAUCAUGGACAAAAAGUCCAACAUCAGGAACAUGUCUGUGAUCGCCCAUGUGGACCAUGGCAAAUCUACUCUCACUGAUUCCUUGGUGUGCAAAGCUGGUAUUAUUGCUUCUGCACGUGCAGGAGAGACCAGAUUUACUGACACCAGAAAAGACGAACAGGAGAGGUGUAUCACCAUUAAGUCAACGGCCAUCUCUCUAUAUUAUGAGCUCAGUGAGAAUGACUCAGCCUUCAUUAAGCAGUGUAGGGAUGGUUCUGGCUUCCUGAUCAACCUGAUCGACUCACCGGGACAUGUUGACUUCUCGUCUGAGGUGACAGCAGCUCUGAGAGUUACAGAUGGUGCCCUUGUAGUGGUAGACUGUGUAUCAGGUGUAUGUGUGCAGACUGAAACUGUCUUGAGACAAGCCAUUGCAGAGCGCAUCAAGCCUGUCUUGAUGAUGAACAAGAUGGAUCGUGCCCUCCUUGAGUUGCAGCUAGAACCGGAUGAGCUUUUCCAAACCUUCCAGAGGAUUGUGGAGAAUGUUAAUGUCAUCAUCUCAACCUACGGAGAAGGAGAGCAUGGACCAAUGGGAAACAUUAUGGUGGAUCCUGUGGUUGGGACUGUGGGAUUUGGAUCAGGCCUCCAUGGCUGGGCUUUUACUCUGAAGCAGUUUGCUGAGAUGUACGUGGCCAAGUUUGCUGCAAAGGGAGAUAAGAAAAAAGCAGACCUUCCUCCAGCAGAACGGGCUAAGAAAGUGGAGGAGAUGAUGAAGAAGCUUUGGGGAGAUAAGUACUUUGAUCCCUCCUGUGGAAAAUUCAGCAAAUCAGCAACCAAUGCAGAUGGAAAGAAGCUUCCUCGUACCUUCUGCCAGCUUGUCUUGGAUCCAAUCUUUAAGGUUUUUGAUGCCAUUAUGAAUUUCAAAAAAGAAGAGACCCAGAAACUGAUUGAGAAGCUUGAAGUAAAGCUUGAUGCAGAAGACAAAGAAAAAGAAGGAAAACCCCUUCUUAAGGCUGUGAUGCGCCGCUGGUUGCCUGCAGGUGAUGCUUUGCUCCAAAUGAUCACCAUCCAUCUUCCUUCUCCUGUCACUGCCCAAAGGUACCGCUGUGAACUGCUUUACGAGGGUCCUGGAGAUGAUGAAGCCGCCAUGGGUGUAAAGAACUGUGAUCCUAAAGCUCCUCUCAUGAUGUACAUCUCCAAGAUGGUGCCAACCACCGACAAGGGUAGAUUCUAUGCCUUUGGUCGUGUCUUCUCUGGUAUCGUUUCGACAGGGCAGAAGGUGCGCAUCAUGGGCCCAAACUACACACCAGGAAAAAAAGAGGACUUGUACUUGAAGCCAAUCCAAAGAACUAUCUUGAUGAUGGGGCGCUACGUAGAACCCAUUGAAGAUGUGCCAUGUGGGAACAUUGUUGGUUUGGUUGGGGUCGAUCAGUUCCUGGUGAAGACUGGCACCAUUACCACUUUUGAAAACGCUCACAACAUGCGUGUUAUGAAAUUCAGCGUUAGUCCUGUGGUGAGAGUUGCUGUGGAGGCCAAGAAUCCAGCUGAUCUGCCAAAGCUGGUGGAGGGCCUUAAACGUCUGGCCAAGUCGGAUCCCAUGGUUCAGUGCAUCAUUGAAGAGUCUGGUGAGCACAUUGUGGCAGGUGCUGGAGAGCUUCAUCUAGAGAUUUGCCUGAAAGACCUUGAGGAAGAUCAUGCCUGCAUCCCUUUGAAGAAAUCAGACCCAGUUGUGUCAUAUCGCGAAACCGUCAGCGAUGAAUCAGACCAGGUCUGCUUGUCCAAGUCUCCCAACAAGCACAAUCGUCUGUACAUGAAAUCUCGGCCCCUCUCAGAUGGCCUGGCUGAGGACAUCGAUAAGGGUGACGUGACCGCUCGCCAGGAGCUCAAACAGAGAGCUCGCUACCUGGCUGAGAAAUACGAGUGGGAGGUCACUGAGGCCCGUAAGAUUUGGUGCUUUGGACCAGAUGGCACAGGGCCCAACAUCCUUGUGGAUAUCACAAAGGGAGUUCAGUAUCUGAAUGAGAUUAAGGACAGCGUAGUGGCUGGUUUUCAGUGGGCAACCAAAGAAGGUGCACUCUGUGAAGAGAAUAUGCGGGCAGUCCGAUUUGACAUUCAUGAUGUCACUCUUCAUGCUGAUGCCAUUCAUAGAGGUGGGGGACAGAUCAUUCCCACAGCCCGCAGAGUUCUGUACGCUUCUGUGCUCACUGCACAGCCAAGACUCAUGGAGCCCAUUUACCUGGUCGAGAUUCAGUGCCCGGAGCAGGUGGUUGGUGGCAUCUAUGGUGUCCUGAACAGAAAAAGAGGCCAUGUGUUUGAGGAGUGUCAAGUGGCUGGGACACCUAUAUUUGUUGUGAAGGCAUACCUACCUGUAAAUGAAUCAUUUGGUUUCACAGCAGACCUGAGGUCUAACACUGGUGGACAGGCCUUCCCUCAGUGUGUGUUUAACCACUGGCAGAUUUUGCCGGGUGAUCCAUAUGAUGUUAACAGCAAACCUUGCCAAAUUGUGGCUGAGACCCGUAAACGCAAAGGUCUGAAGGAGGGCAUACCAGCACUAGACAACUUCCUGGACAAAUUAUAAACUUCUCUAGAUUGUACAUGGUGAUUGCAGCUAUUAAUCUUAUGUUAACGAGAUUACUCUGAAGUGUAUUGCAUUAGGCUUACACAGAAUAUCAACAGAGCUAAAUUUAAAUAUUAAUAGCUGCACAAUCUGGCAGCAAAUAAAAUCUUGAGCACGUUAAACCUGUGUGGAUGUGUCCAUACAUAAAGCCAACACAACACAGCAAUCUGAACUUAAUAAUUCAACUUUAAAUAUAUAUUUUUCCAGAUGUAUAGGAAAUAUUGCUCCAACCACUGUGUAAUGUGUAUUGGCUUACAUGUCUUAGGAUGUAUAUGUAUAAUAAUAAACUGUGGCCUCCUUUUGGCAAAGAAUUCAAGUUUCUCAACAACAUGAUCUGUGCCAUUAUCAGUGGAGAGCUGUCAAUUCAAAACCUCAACCCUAACUGGGAGGGACAAUAAAAGCACUGUAUCAACA